AUGGCCAAUGGUAAUAGCAGAGAUGACAUAGCCGACUUUCUAUCUGCUUGGGAACUAUCCCAAUAUAUUGAUACGUUCCAAGCCAAUGACAUUGACAUGAAGACACUUCCCUGUCUAAACUACGAAAUAAUCAAAGAAUUGAUACCUAUUGCUGGCCAUAGAGCUAGGUUUAUUUCAAAUUUGGAACAGUGGAAAUCUAUUGUUAUUCAAGGAUUGCCCAAUGUUGGUGAAUCUUGCAGUGAUAUUUUUAUUGAACAAAGUAGUUCAUCUGAGUAUAUUGAAUCAUCUCAUAACGAAUCUUUAUUAACAAGUCAUAGUGAUAUUGCAUCGAUACCCAGCACUUCUGUUCAAUCGAUUGAAACCAUUAAAUUGUUUUACGAGGAUCUCCAAAAUGUGGCCGAUAACACAAAGUCAACACAACCCCAAAAUACACAUUUAGCUUCACAACCAACAACAGGGUUAUUGGAAUGGCUCAAAGGUACCAAUGAGGGCAGGUCUUUAUUAGCCUCCUACCAAGAAAGUGGUCUUUUGGACAGUAUUGGUCGUAAACGCCUUUGCAAUUUAAUAAUUAGUAACGAACUCAGUGUAGAUGUAAAUGUCAGGGUAUCUUCAGUUAGAUUACAAGAACUUGCUUAUGAAAUAACUACAAUAUUUAACAAAGAACGAACCCCCACUUACUUUAUCCCGUAUUUGUCAUAUGGACCUGGUUUAAAAAGAGCCGCAAAAGGCAAGCUUUUAGAUUGCCUUAAUAACCGUAGGAGGGAAUUUAGAAAAUCUGGUAUUAUAAAAUCAUUACGACGAAGUUCAACACCUACUGGCCGUGCUUCACCUGCACUUUUACUUCCAGAAGCACUUCAACGUAUUGCAGAAAAUCAGACAGACAAUCCUGCAUCUGUAGAAGAGAGCUUAAAUUGGCUGCGCAACUGUAGUGACCCUUGGUCACUUGUUGAAGAAAAUUGGGCUCUAACAGCAGGUACACGUUUGAAAGCACAAAUUUCAAAUGAUGGUCAGUCUAUUAGUGCAUAUAUGUCAGAGUAUCCUGCAUUAAAAAAACCUACAGGAUAUUUUCUUUUUUUAAAAGAUUUUGAUGUGGCUUAUCCUGGUUAUUCCAACAAGCUUUACCAAAGUCUACCAUUAUACAAGAGAAAAAUAUUAGAACUGACUGGUAAAAAAUUAAAAAAAACUAAGGAAAAUACGGUCAUACAAAUAUUAAAAGAAUACAUACAAUUAGGAGCGGAAGAUAAUGAAGAAGUUUCUAACAUUGCUGUCUUACUCAGUCUCCCCUUUCUGAUCGGUGUUUCAAUUUCUAGAACAAAGAAAUCAAAAAUACAGUGGAGAGCUUCUAAACAAGAAAUGAGGGAUGGGUUUAUAACACAUGUAAGAAGUAACACUGAGGUUCAAGCUACAAUUACACAUAGGAGAGACAAAUUGGUAGGUUUAGGCCAUACACUUCAACCAUUCAUCAUAAUUGUGGGUCCAACUUUAAAAGAAAUUUCCAAUUAUUUAGUUGUUGUUGAUAACAUAUUCUAUCAAUUGAAUUCAAUUGCUGCCUCAGUUGAUUGUUGUUUUAAGAUUAUUAUAACACUCAAUGCACAGUACUCUGUUGAGUGUGAAACUGUUUGGUGUUUUAUACAAAAAGGUUUUUAUAAUUUGCAAACACCAUUUGAUAAAAACUUUACAGCAGUCAACACAUUUCUUUCAGAUGUAGGGAUUUAA